AUGGCAAAGUCGCUUCGUGCGAGCUCCAAACUUGCCGCACGCAACCGAAAGCGGUAUACGGAAACGUCUGACUAUGCUGUUACGGCGGCUGCGCGUCUACAACAGGUCUCGGAGCGCCUCAAGCAACGGAUGAACCAGCCCAAACUCUCAGAGCUGGAAGCCGAUAAGAGUGAUGACGCGGAGGACGAGGCCAUGGAGACGAAGAGCACGCCUGAGGCUGGGACUAUGCAAGUGGAUGGUGCUGAAGGCGAAGCGCCCCGCAAGAUCAGCACGUCGGCGCCCCGUGGUUCCCGCAAGGAGCAGUGGCGCAAAUCGCGUGGCCUGUCGAUGCAUCGCAAGUCCUCGAGCAAGAGUGGGCGGGCCAAACGCCGCCGCUAG